AUGGCUGAGGUCGCCGGCGAGGGGCGCUCCAAGGCCCAGCUGAUUGUCGGCAUCGACUUUGGCACCACCUUCUCCGGCGUCGCCUUUGCCUUUGCGACCAACACCGAGGCCAAGGAGGACAUCAUCACCGAGUGGCCGGGCGCCGGCAACCAGACCAAGCAGAAGAUCCCCACCGUCCUCUACUACGACCAGUACCAGAAGGUCGUCGGCUGGGGCCCCGACAUCGCCGACGCCCUCGCCCCCACCGGCUACCCCAAGCCCGGCGUGCAAAAGGUCGAGUGGUUCAAGCUGCAGCUGAUGCUGUCCGGCAACACCUACAUCGACCCCAUCAACCUGCCCCCGCUGCCCCCGGGCAAGUCCGAGAUCGAUGUCGCCGCCGACUACCUGUUCCACCUGCGCCAGGCCAUGCGCAACCAGCUGCAGAAGACCCUGGGCGAGGUCUUCAACCGCGAGGAGCGCAACAUCCGCUACUACCUGACCGUCCCCGCCAUCUGGAACGACGCCGGCAAGGCCGCCACCCGCGCCGCCGCCAUCCAGGCCGGCUUCCUGCGCGACGAGAACGACAACCGCCUGACCCUCAUCACCGAGCCCGAGGCCGCCGCCAUGUUCUGCUCCAAGACCGGCCUGCUCAACCUCAAGAUGCACGACGCCGUGCUGAUUGUUGAUUGCGGUGGAGGUACCGUCGAUUUGAUCGCCUACGAGGUCGAGGAGGAGCAGCCCUUCUCCGUCGCCGAGUGCACAGCCGGAUCCGGCGACUCGUGCGGUUCCACAGCCCUCAACCGCAACUUCAGCAACAUCCUGCGUGCCAAGAUCCGAAAGAUGAAGCUGCCCGACGGUUCCAAGACCGCCGGCAAGGUCUACGCCAAGUGCAUCAUGGACUUUGAGAACAGGAUAAAGGCCGAUUUCCGGAACAACGGCCAGAAGUGGGCCGUCGACGUCGGCAUCGAGGCUGAGUUCCCCGAGGCUGGCAUUGAGGAGGGAUACAUGACAUUUACAAACGAGGAGAUUCUGCAGUGCUUCGAGCCCGUCGUCAACCGCAUCCUGGAGCUUGUGCGCAACCAGAUCAUCGCCAUCCAGGCCCAGAACCGCUCGUUACAGAAUGUUCUUGUAGUUGGUGGUUUCGGCGCGUCCGAAUACCUCUUCCAGCAGAUCAAGCUGCACGUCCCGCCUCAGUUCCAGUCCAAGGUCGUCCGCCCCAUGGACUCUGUGGCUGCCAUUGUCAAGGGCGCCGUCACUGCCGGCAUCACAGAGAGGAUCGUCACACACCGUGUCGCGCGUCGUCACUACCUCAUGGCUACGCUGCAGCCGUUCAAGGAGGGCCACCACCCGGAGCAGUACCGCGUGCCCUCGCUCGACGGCAAGGACCGAUGCAAGUACACACGACAGAUCUUCGUGCAAAAGGGCCAGCGCGUCAAGAUCGGCGAGCCCGUCAAGGUCUCCUUCUUCCGACAGGUUGCCCCCGGCGCCACACUCAUGUACGAGGACAUACUGUACGCCUGCGACGACGACGUGUGCCCCGAGUACACCAAAGACCCGCGCAUCAAGGAGGUCGUCACCCUCACCUCGGAUCUCUCGCGCAAGAAUCUCGAAAAAGACUUUGAGCGCAUGGACACCCCGCAAGGCACCUUCUACCGCGUCUACUUCGAUAUCUACCUCACCCUCGACGGCUCCGAGUUCAACGCCGAGCUCGUCUGCCAGGGCGAGGUCAUGGGCCGCUGCACCUCCCGCUUCCGGUAA